UGUAAUGCAAACCGCGAGAAGGAGUUUAAAUUAACAUUUUGUUGUUUUUUAAAUUAGCGAAAUAUUUGACAUAGCCAUUGAUGCGUAAAACUGCUGUUUAAUGUAAUUAGUGCUAACAUGAGUACUUCGUCAGUUUCAAAGGGCUGUUUUGUUUUCAAGCCAAGCGCCAAGAAGAAAAAGACCUCGCUCGGUUUGGAGGAUUAUUUCAGUCAAGGCUGUGAAGGUGAUGAGAGCAGCGAAGCACGAUUCAGACUCUGUCAUGAUCUGUGGGACAAAAUCAAAGCAGACACAGAGGUUUUACAGGAUGAACUCAACAGGAAAAUCCUGGACAGCCUGCUGGACUUUACCAGGAAGUGCUCUUCCACACGCCAACACAGUGACUGGGCAUCUCAAAUGAGGGCCAGCGAGAUCCCCACAGCAGCUCUCGUGCUUGGAGUGAAUGUCCCGGACCAUGACAUGACCUUUCAGAGCCUGUCUGACCUGCUGCAGCAGUCUGUCACUCCUCAUGUAGUCUCUGUACAGGCCAAAGAGUGUGGAGCAUUGAAGCAUUUGAUGAAGAGGGUCUUGGAGAAGCUGAUGAAUACCGUAGUGGCUGUUGAUGAUGAUGAGGAGGAGGAAGCUGAGCAGACGAGCACUCCUCACCACAAGAGCACACAUUGCUCCCUGAGCACCCUCUGUGAUUGGUACAAUUCAAAAACAAAGAAAGCCCACACUCCUGGAAAAAAGCGUAGUUCUCCAGCCAAAGAUGAGCAACAGCAGCCCCCCGUCGUAAUUAUUUUCAAAGAUUUGGAGGCUUUCAAUCCAAGAGUUCUUCAAGAUUUCAUACUCAUCUGCAGCCGGUACAUUGAACGUGUUCCACUGAUGUUCAUCUUUGGUAUCGCCACAUCACCUAGCACCAUCCAACACAUGCUGCCCCACUCUGUGUCCUCCCUGCUGUGCAUAGAGCUCUUUCAGUCUCUGUCCUGCACCCAGCACCUGGCCACAGUCAUAGACAAGAUGAUCCUGACACAUCACUUCCCCUUUAAACUCAAUGGUAAGGUGAUGCAGGUGCUGAUCAGCAUCUUCCUGUACCACGAUUUCUCAGUGAGAAACUUCAUCAAGGGUGUUCAGCUGGCCCUGCUGGAGCACUUUCACUCCCAGCCUCUCAGUGUCCUGUGUUGUAAGAAGAAGCAGGCUCUGCUUAACGUGACGCAGCUCAGCCAAAGCGAUCUGGAGAAGAUCAGGCAGCUGCCGUCAUUCAGGAGCUAUGUAGAGACGCAAGAAUCUGAAGAACAAGUUAAUCUGUUGAAGAAUGAUACUCAUUUAAAGGAGGUGUGUACAAAGCUGCUAAAGGACCUUCAUAAAUACCAUAAGAACUAUUAUCCAGUCCUGAGGUGUCUCCACACGCUGACCUCAUCAUUACCUCGUUACCCUCUGGGAAAACAGAUCAGGGAGCUCCAUUUAAUAUGUCUGGAGAAGAACGUGUGGGAGAAUGAGGAUUAUCAGUCGGCCAUGAAGCUUCUGAAGAUGCUGGCUAAAGAUGAGCUCAUCACUUCGCUCCAGAGGUGCAUAGAGAUCCUGCAGCCUGUCAAGUCAAAAAGGAUGAGGAACGCUUGUGUCCAGCUGGAGGACCUGCUCACCAAACUGAAGCAGUUGGACACUGCCCCCAUUGAAACGGUCCCCAGUGUUGAAGAAAGUAUCACCUCUCCAUUGAAAAACCUUCAAAAGAAAACCAAUCUGUUUCAGCUGCAGAAGACUCUGCUGGAGAUGAACGAGUCUCGGAGAGCCAAGAAACUGAGUCCGUUUGAGAUUCUACGAAAUGAAGCCAUCGAGUUCAUCGACAGCUUAGUGAAGAGUCACCUGUCUCCCCCGGAGUGUCAGACUCUGAAUGAAGUGUGCUACUACGGUUCCUCUGGCUCUGUGAGACGCCACCUCAACGCUACACCUCGCACCUCCAUUCAGGCUGCACUUAGCAGUCCCUACUAUUUUCUCCAGAAUGUCAGCCUGAAGUCUGAGGAUGGGACCGUGUCCAAUGCUGCUCCUGACAUUUGCAUUGCGUACAAACUCCACCUGGAGUGCGGCAGGCUGAUCAAUCUCUAUGACUGGCUAGAAGCCUACUCCAUCGUGGUUUCUGCAGCUGAGGGUGUCGAUCCAGAGUCUGACAGUUAUGGGAAAGUGGACGAGGUCAAACAUGCCCGUUUCAUCCGGGCUGUGUCAGAGCUCGAAUUUCUGGGCUUCAUCAAGUCCACUAAGCAGAAGACUGACCACGUGGCUCGACUCACCUGGGGAGGCUGCUGA